CUAUCGCCCACCCCUGCCGAGCCUGAAGCGUGCGUCUUCUAAAAACGCAGGCAGCAUAAAUAACAUUUACUAAAGGCCAACAGUUAACUAAUAAACACUGUCUGGGUGUCCAAAACGGUAGAAACACAAUCCGAUAAAGAUGUCCUCGCGUUCUUCCGAAGAGCGAAACUAUUUACAUCGUAAAUUUGACAGCAGUAGCUACAAACACAAGCGCUCCGCGUCAUCAUCGUCAGCCAGGACAACUUCCUCCGGACACAAGGACCGCAGGUCGGACUACGAGUACUAUGGCAGUCGCCGCCAACGACGCUCCGAUUCUCGUCAGCGCUCUUAUUCGCGUUCCGGCUCGGAGUCGCCGGCUUCGGCGCCCCGUCGUUACUCCGGUCAAUCGUCCCGUGAUCGCCAGCGAAUGCACAAAGCUCGCGAACAUCCUCAAGCCAGCCGAUGUAUUGGAGUCUUUGGUUUGAACACCAAUACCUCUCAGCAUAAGGUCCGCGAGCUCUUCAACAAGUACGGACCCAUUGAACGUAUCCAAAUGGUCAUCGACGCUCAUACACAUCGUUCGCGUGGCUUCUGCUUCAUAUACUUUGAGAAUCUCGAGGAUGCCCGUGUGGCGAAGGACGCCUGUUCCGGCAUGGAGGUGGAUGACCGUCGUAUUCGGGUUGACUACUCUAUAACUCAACGCGCCCAUACGCCCACUCCGGGUGUAUAUAUGGGUCGUCCAUCGCGAAGUGGACGUUCACGCUCGCCGCGUGGAGGACGACGCCGCGAUCGUUCUUAUACACCAAAUGACGGCUAUCGUAACCGCAAUAAAUACCGCAACGAUCGCUAUGAUCGUAACUACCGUAGGAGUCCCAGUCGCUACAUUCGUAACAAAAGCGUUAGCCGCUCACGUUCUCCGCAACCACGUCGCACCUCAUCGCGCUAUUAAUCUGCCCCAGAAGAGGCGAUAAAGCCACUUCUUUAACUCAUGCUCCUAAGUAAACUCAACUGGUUUGUGGCAAACGGUUUGCGGAGGAGCAUACGACUGAAAUAUUGUGUUUUGGUGAAACCAUCCUAUCUAUGGCAUUUGGUUGACUGCUCACAGCUUACAACUAGACUAAUUUCCAAAUUCAUUAUUCAGCUUAUUAUUAAUAUUCGUUAACCAUUAAUGAUUCUGUACAAAAACGUAGUUUGUAAAUAUCAGAUCAAUUACCAUCAUUACAUACGAAGGUCCGCAUAGAUUGUGAUAUGUAUUUUAAAGGUACUGCAGUAAACUGAUAAUGAUAAAACAAAUAAUUUUAAAUAUAAUCAUAAUUGUGCAGCACGCACAAAAUAAAAUUGAAAUUGUACAGGACUGAA